UAGGAUCUUUGCAGUGAUAUCGAAGCACAAUAGUAAUAGUGGUUAGUAAAUUAUUUCAAUUAUAUUUACCUAUAAAGAAUAUAAUAAGAAUGUUGUAAAACGUGAAACGCUGACUAAACGGCUAUUUCAGUAAUUUCGGCAAGCUCUUCAAAAUUCAAACUAAGUUAUAAGAAAGACCAAAAAUACAUCUUCGGUCAAGAAAAUUUGGACGUAAAAAAAGAAAACGGCAAAACUACAACAAAAUCAAUUUAUUUUUGGAUGAAUUAGUGCAGAAAAAAAAGUUAAAAGAAAAACGAAGUGAAGAGGUAUAUCAACCUGUCAGUGAAAGUGCGAACGUUCUAAAGGAAUAUCCAAGAAUUUCCCAAAAAAUAACAGCAAUGGAAAGCGAACGUUUACGUAUAACACUUGAUAGACCAGAUAAAAUAUAUUACGCCGGACAAACUGUUAAAGGAGAAAUAUGCUUAAAUUUAACCAAACGCACUAAAAUACGUGCCAUUAAAGUACAAAGCACUGGAAAGGCUAAAUGCAAAUGGAUGGAGAUUUUACGCAAAAACUCGAAUGAGUCUAAUCGUAGCCUGUUUUAUACGAGCAAAGAGAUCUUUGCUUACAAUGAAAUGUGUCUGCCCGCGUUCGAUCCACAAGGUUUAGAACUAAAUUCUGGCGAACAUGUUUUUGAUUUCUCAUUCACUUUGGCAACGCAUCUACCUUCUGCUUUUAAAGGUAAUUAUGGCGCUAUUAAGCAUAAGAUGUGUAUAAUAAUACAACGGCCUUGGGCUUUUGAUGAACGCCAUGUUAUUCCUUUAAUGGUUAUCAAGAAUAUGCCUCUUCCCUUGGGUUAUAGACUGCACCCUACUCCUUUGGAAAAACAAAUCACUAAAACGAUUAGUUUGUUUGGUACUCGCCCAAUAACAAUGCUAGCCCUCUUGCCUGAGGAAUUUGCUGUACGGGGCGAAACAAUGCGGAUAUGUGUGACAGUGAUCAAUAAUAGUAAUACAAAUGUUGAGAAAUUACGCUUUUGCAUAUUACAGUAUAUAAACUAUCACAGCUUUUUGCCUGUACGUCGACAAAAAACUGAAAUUAUAACCAUCGCUACUAAAGAAACUGGAGCAGUGCAAAGGAAAAGUGAGCGCUCUUUCGCUCACGAGUUGAUCAUACCUCUGACAGCUCAGCCUACUGACCAUGAACUAUCAGAUGCAAUUAAAAUAAGUUAUGAACUAAGAGUUGAAGCAGUACUGCGUGGUUUGUUUAAGAAUUUGGUGUUAAAUUUGCCUUUUAAAUUGUACUCAAAUGAGCUAGGAGAGUCCAGGGAGAGACAUUCCCGUCCUUCAACGGGUGGUAGUGGUGAUUACAGACCCGCGCUUGGCAAUGGUGCUGGAAAUCCGUUCGAGCCAAAUUUGGAAGGCUCACCAACACAUUCUUCGCAGCCAGGGGAAAGUAGUGAAUCAAGUUCUAUGAAUUCUACAACCACCGAUUCAUCAGCUGCCACCCUCAGCCCUGCUGUAGGGGGAACUGCUUUGUCUUACACUUCCGAUUCCUCGUCAGUGUGUAAUAAUACUUCCACUAGAGGCAGUUUACGUAGUUCAAAUGUUCCUUAUCUACGUUAUUGGAGUAACAGUCCUCCAUACGCAGCUGUAAGUGAUUCGCCAAGGCAUAAUUUAUUAACACGACGGGAAUCGGGGUCCACCAGAGGAAACACACAUUUUACGCAUUGUCCGGCAGUGAGUGAAGCGGUAGCUGUGGCGGCUGCUGUGGCAGCUGCCGCGAAUGAUAGUACCCUUAUGCAAGCAGCUGCCGCCGCUGCAAGUGAUACAGUCAUCAUGAACGCAGCGGCAGCUGCUGCGGCUGUAUCUUUUCUGAGUUCGCGAUCAUCUCAUGGUACUCAAGAGUUACCUCCGUCAUAUGAAGAACUGUUUGGUAAUGCUUCAGCCCCACCUGUAUCCACACCGUCGGACACAGCUAAAUGAAACUGGUUGUAACUUUCUAUGUCUUCUUCUUGCUUUCUAUAACUAUCUUUAAAUAGCAUUUAUUUGAAUAGAACGGAACAAGUUACUAAACCCCACCCACCCCUGCGUUCAUUCUUAAAAUGGCACAAGAAAUUUGAAUUAUAAAGGCCGUUUUUAAAUUGAUAGCAAGCACAGAGUUGUAUUUGUUUACACAAACAAUACGAGAUAAUUAAAAAUUUGUUAUGAAAUUUAAUAGCACAAACUAUUAUUUUACACCGAAAACAAUUUUUGAAAUGCAUACAUAGAUAUAUAUUUUAUUUAUUAUAUACCAUACAUGAAUAGAAAGCUUUAGCCAUAAUAUCAUGAACCAGUGAAACCGUUAAGUGUUCAAAUUUUUCUUGCCCUUUUUCUACGUAUAUACAUAUCGCUAUUUUGUGUAGGUUUCCCUCCAUCCAUGUAGAUAUGCCCCAAACAAUAGCAGCAACAACGUUUCCCUCCAAUAUCUUUAUAUAUUUUUAUAUUUGUUAUCUUUCAACAUUAUUAACAUUAAACAAAACGAUGAAUUUAAUUUUAAUUGUAAGUUUUUUUUAAGCCGCGCACAUAAAUUACCUAAUGUAAAGUCUCAGACUUAAAGAGGAAAAAGGGAAAUUAAAGGAAAUCUAUCUAAAUUCGGGUUCGAUAGCCAGAAAUCAUUAAUAAUUCGUAUUUUUUAAAUAAUCUUUAUAAAUAAUUAAUUACACCAAACAAAAUAAAGAAUUUAUUUAUUUAUA